AUGUUAUUCAAGCGGUCGUUCUUUCUUCUGGCCUGCACAGCAGCUACAACUAGCGCUUUCGCCCCUCCUGCAACCAACAACAAUGUGAUGCAAACCAUGAGAUUUUCUACCGAGACGCAAGCCGAAGCCACCUCCCAAAAAGAAGCUGAAGCUGAAUUGUCUCCUGAAUACAGCGCCGCCUUUCAAAAGGCUGAAGCUACAGUCUCGGCAGUCUUGAAGGAUACCAAACCUGAAAUGCUCCCAGGACUUGUGCACUUUUGCAAGGAAUAUUUGACGGCUCAUCAGGUUUCCAAUGCCAAGAACAAAGACGAGAAGAGCAGUCCAGAGCAAGCGCUGAACCGAAUUUUGGAGGGUGUUCAAUAUGGAUUCAAGUUUGGAAUGGGACCUGAAAAAUUUGCCUUCGGAGUUACCCACGAAGCUCUGAGAGGAGAUGCCGUAAAAGAAGAUGGCAAUACGAUUGACUUUUACGAAUGGGGAACUGAAUUCUUCCGGGGUUUGAUUGACAAGGAAGAUUCCAAGAUUAUGGGAAUGGAUAACUUGAAACAAGCUUUGGAACGAGCAGACAAGGGAGAAAAUGUUGUCUUCUUUGCCAACCAUCAAUCGGAGGCCGACCCACAAGUAGUCUCUAUUUUGCUAGAACGUGCUGGACUGGCCAAGGACGCCGAAAAGUUCUACUACGUUGCUGGACACAAGGUUACCACUGAUCCUUUGGCCAUUCCUUUCUCUAUGGGACGCAACCUCAUUUGCAUUCAUUCCAAGAAGCACAUUGAUGCCGAUCCAGAAACCAAGGGUGUCAAGAAUCGUCAAAACUUGUCCGCCAUGGGGGGAAUGUUGGACCGACUCAAAAAGGGAGGGUGCAUUUUGUGGGUAGCUCCAUCUGGUGGUCGCGAUCGACGGGACUUGGAAAGUGGAAAGACUCCCAUGGCUCCUUUUGAUUCCAAGACGUUGGACAUGUUCCGUCUGAUGGGAUCCAAGAGCAAGAAGCCAACACACUACUACCCAUUCGCCAUGGUCACCUAUGAGGUAUGCCCUCCUCCGGAUUUUGUCGAGGCCGGUGUUGGUGAAAAGCGAAACUUCCGAUUCACACCCGUUGGAAUCAACGUGGGAGAAGAAAUUCCUUCAGAGGGAGGACUAGAGAAGAGACAGCAAUUCAACGAGAAGUGCUGCGCCUCGGCUCAAGAGGAGUACAUCAAGCUUCGGGAAUCUAUUUUUCCUGGCACCGCCCCUGAUCUAGAAUAA